UAUGCUGCGGGAGUGCUGGUGGCCGGGCGCUGCGAACUCGUAUUGUAACCGCAGAAGUGAACUGGGUUUACGGGUGGUUUGUGACACUGUGGUUGAAAUUUCUCCAAAGAGACGCAAUAUUAAACGUCCAACCAUGUUGGUGAGGGUGUUGGCCCCGCUAGCUGUCUUGGUGAUGGUGUUUGCUCCUUCGCUUGGCCAAGAUGUUUAUCCUUACACAGAUAAAGUGUGCAGGACAGAUGUGCAGUACCCGCCUGCAGAUGCCAAGACCAAAGUGCCGUCAUUCGUCCUGAACCUUGACAUGAACCCAGAGGAUCGAUGGCGGCCGCUCAUGAAAAACAAGAGCGCCGAGUUGAAAGCCAUGAUCAAUGACAUCAUCGAUCUGGUGGGUGCCUUCUUCAAGAACAAAACCAAAGUUGUUAACCUACUGGAUGAAGUCUUGGGUCCUCUGGCAUACACCCUACCACAGCCCUAUCAGGCUGAGUUAAUAGGCAUUGCGGAUGCAUCUGGUGUUCCUUUAGGUCAGAUUGUCCUUUACAACAUCUUCUACGAGGUAUUCACAGUGUGCACCUCAAUUGUGGCUGAAAGUCCCAACGGAACCCUGUACCAUGCUAGAAACCUUGAUUUCGGACUCUUUCUCGGGUGGGACGUCAAGAAUCAAAAGUGGGAGCUGACGGAGAGGCUGAGGCCGCUUGUUGUGAACGUGGAUUACCAAGUGCAGGGAAAGACGGUCGCCAAGGCAGUUCACUUUGCUGGCUACGUCGGAGUCCUCACUGGAAUUAAACCGGGCGUGGUUACCAUGACCAUGAACGAGCGCUACAAUAUCGACGGCGGGUACAUUGGAAUCCUGGAGUGGAUCAUGGGGAAAAGAUCGGAGCAGUGGAUGGGAUUCUUCAUGAGAGAGACGCUGUUGAAUGCCACUGAUUACGCGAGCACGAAAGCCAAGGUUAUCAAUGCCAAGAUCUUGGCUCCAGGCUACAUCAUACUGGGCGGCAGCAAAACAGGCGAGGGCGCUGUCAUCGUCAUUGACAGAAAGGAGCCAGCAUAUGUUGAAGAGCUGGACCCUAAGAAAGGCAAGUGGUUCCUGGUUGAGACCAAUUACGACCCCACGGAGAAGCCGCCCUUCUUUGACGACAGGCGCACGCCAGCCCUCAAGUGCAUGACUAACACCACUCAGAAGGCUGUUGGACUGGGGCCUAUAUACAACGUUCUCUCUACAAAGCCCAAUCUUAACCUGUUGACGACCUACACGGCCAUGAUGCAAGUCAACUCAGGCUAUCUGGAGACCUACAUCCGUCAGUGCCCCCAACCAUGUUACCCAUGGUAAAGAAUUGCAGUUCACAGUCAGAAGAGAUCAAUUGGCUGCUCGUAAAGGGUAAGGCCGACAUCUUUAUAUCAGUUGGAUGACGAACCCGCCAACUUGGAAUAAUGCAAUUUAAAAAAAAAGAACUGAAAAAAUCAACAUUACUGUUUCCUCGACAGUUUUAUUCUCUUCUAACUCUGGAUAAGUUAGUUGUACAUGCAUGUGAAAAGGAGUUAAAAAAGAAUUAAAAAUCGGGAUUUUCCCACCCUCUGCCCAGCCAGAUUUCAUGCUGUGUUCAUAAUCCAACAGAUACAAAAAUUCUGGCCUCAAAGAAACCUCAAGAAACUCCUCAUUAUAACAACACACCAUAUACUCUAUACAUGCACAAAUUUCCAUUGGAGCCUUCGGACAGAUUUGUUUUUUUGGACAAACCUUUCAAUCAGUAGCCUUUUUUGUUACAGUUUAUGAUUUUUGUUUGGCUUGUUGAGCACUGGAUUAGUAUUGAAAACAGCCAAACAGAAGAAUGCUGCAAAAAAAGAGGAAAAUUUUACCAAAUGUUUGCCUGAAUUGACCUUGCUCUGUUUAGAGAAUAAAUAUGUUCUUGGAUGGAACUGGCUCUAGAGAAUGGACCCGACUAAUGCUCAAGCCACAGAUGAAGACAUUAUAAGCGUCCACUCUCCUGAACCGUUCUUAACGCUAGUUUAAGACCGAUCAAGCACAUUUUUAUUCCCCUGCCAAAAUACCUUUUGAGUCAGAAAGUCAAAGGAAGUUUAAAUAUGUCACAUUUCCAACAAUUUGGUUCCAAAGUUUUUCUUCAGUUCUUUGAAACACCCCCCUGGCCAUGUAAUGGUACGUGCCUGUUGCAGAUGAUUAUUUCAACCUCCUGUGCGCGUGGCAUGUACUGCAUUAUAUGUAGGUGGCACAGAACACAAUUAGCCAGCUGGUGCUUCAUCACUCAUUUAAGGCAGGCCACGGGACGGGCUCUUGACCAGUAAGAAUGGCUAAAGUGUUUUAGGUAUACAUGAAUAUUGUAAUUUCAUAAACUAAUAGUUUGAGUACAUUUUUCUUAUUGUUAUGGAUGUGCAAGUUCAUAAUAAUUUUUUUAAUUAAAAUGCUAUUUUGUUUUAUGACAACCAAAACCUAUUUCUAUCUUUGCUGAUUUUCUAUCAUUUGUAUGAUUAUAAAAGAUCCAAAGAAUUGUUUGGCAAUGUCAAAAACAUUUUAAAGACUGAUCUGUGUAAAUUUGAUUGUAUAUAUUCCUUUUUAAUGUUGGUGGGAAAAACAAUGUUUAAAUUCUCUCAGUGUUGGGAUCCUGUCAGUUUUUAAUUCAGACAAAGUGCGUCCUGAACAAAAGAAUCCUGCCUCUAAUAAAGUCAAAUUCUCCAUACUCGGUGCUGAAAAGAUCAGCUGGUGUUUUGAAUUUGAAAGGAAAUCACAUGAAUGUGAAACCUGCCGGGCUGUUUGUUUAAACAUCAAGCAGAGGUUAUAACUUCCUUUAGUAUUGAUGGGAGCAUCAAUUGAUGCUAUGGAAAAAGAAAGCCAAUCAUUCUGUAAUCAUAUGAAGGGAAAAUGAAACCAGGUUUUUUUUUUCAGCUUCCAAGAGCCAUGAUGUGAAGGUUCACGAUAAGUGCUUCCUUGUACAGUGCAUUAAAAUUUUUGAACUGUAUGAACAUGUAAAUUUAUCUUUUGAGUGUAUUAAACGAUAUGCACCUGUCGACUGUCAAUACCUUACUCAAGGGGUAGAGAAAAUUAUAUACUCUCACAGUGGCCAACUCUCCAUCCCAGGAGGUGCCAUUGCCCUUAAACAUUUAUUGGAACAAUUUGUAUUUUACUAAAUAAAAGUAUUGAAAUCUUCAACCCAAAGUCUUGAAAAUUGAAUCAUAAGGAGCAGGGCCACGUCAGAAUGGGGAAGAAGUUAUUAAUUAUGGAUAUUUUUGAAAGAAUUUCAACUGAUCCGCUGACCUCCUGUAUUAAGUAAUAAAUUUUGCAAUAUUAGAAUAUAUUGAUUUCUUACUAUUGUAUGAAAAUUGUAUGUAAAUGUUUAAAUAAAGACCAUUUUAAUUGUGAUUGUCAAUAAAGUAUUCCAUUUUAUUAGCAUCUAAA